GCAUUUCGUGAUCUCUGCAGCAAUUCAUCAAGAUGUCCCUCCUUCUACAUGUUACCCAUUAAAAAUCAUCAAAAAAAUAUCAAUCAAUCAUCAAUUCUAAUUCAUCAUCCCCCCUCACCCCAAUUGAAUACAAAAAAAGGACCAGCAUUUUCACACUUUUUCACAACCCAUCAAAUCCAUUUACCAGCCAAAAGAAAAAAAAAGUUUUCAAAAUAA